AUGGCGGUGUGCGUAGCGGUGAUCGCCAAGGAGAAUUAUCCUCUUUACAUCCGCAGCGUCCCCACGGAGAAUGAGCUCAAGUUCCACUACAUGGUGCACACAUCCCUGGACGUGGUGGAUGAGAAGAUCUCUGCCAUGGGGAAGGCCUUGGUGGACCAGAGGGAGCUCUACCUAGGCCUGCUCUAUCCUACAGAAGACUACAAGGUAUACGGCUAUGUGACCAACUCCAAGGUGAAGUUUGUCAUGGUAGUGGAUUCCUCCAACACAGCACUCAGAGACAACGAGAUCCGCAGUAUGUUCCGGAAGCUGCACAACUCCUACACAGAUGUAAUGUGCAACCCCUUCUAUAACCCCGGGGACCGCAUUCAGUCCAGGGCCUUCGAUGGCAUGGUGACUUCCAUGAUGAUCCAGGUCUGCUGA